AUGGACGCCGUCAUCCAGUGGCUGUUCUCCCCUCUCCCCACCCCGGUCGUCUUCUCCCUGCUGGCCCUGGGAGUUGCCACCUUGUACCUGCUCAGCACUCGGCCCAGUCCCCUGCGGAGCCCCGCCGACCUCAACUGCCAGUCUGUGGGCAUCAAGGAUGGGGCGAGAAAGACGGCUUUGGUGGAGGGGAACAACAACCUGAUGGCGUACCUCUACAGUGAUGCCAAGACCCUUUAUGAAGUUUUCCAGCGGGGUCUGAGAAUUUCAGGUAAUGGACCGUGCUUGGGCUACAGAAAACAAGGGAAGCCGUACCAGUGGCUGAAAUACAAGCAGGUGUCCGACAGAGCGGAGCACCUGGGGUCAGGCUUCCUUCACAAGGGUCUGCAGCCGAACUCGGACACCUUUAUUGGCAUCUUUGCCCAGAACCGACCUGAGUGGAUUAUUGGCGAGCUGGCAUGUUACACCUACUCCAUGGUAGCAGUUCCCCUGUACGACACCCUGGGUCCUGAGGCUCUCGUGUUCAUUAUCGACCAAGCUGAGAUCUCCACUGUGCUCUGUGACAAUCAGAGCAAAGCGGAAACUCUGCUGCAGAAUCGGGAGAAAGGCCAGACUCCGGUCCUCAAAACCAUCGUGGUCAUGGACUCCUUCAGCUCCGAGCUGGUCGAGCGAGGGACCAAGUGUGGGGUGGAGCUCGUGUCCAUGAAGGACAUGGAGGCACUGGGGAAAAGUAACCAUCAGAAGCCAAUUCCACCAAAGCCAGACGAUCUCAGCAUAGUUUGUUUCACCAGUGGCACAACAGGAAACCCCAAAGGCGCGAUGUUGACCCAUGAGAAUGUGGUGUCUGAUGCUGCAGGCGUGCUCAAAAACAUAGAGGCGUCGAUAGUUCCCUCCACAGAAGACAUCAGCAUUUCCUUCCUGCCUUUAGCACACAUGUUUGAGAGAAUCGUGCAGACGGUGGUCUACAGCUGUGGAGCGAGGGUGGGAUUCUUCCAGGGAGACAUCAGGCUGCUGCCGGACGACAUGAAGACGCUGAAGCCCACCAUCUUCCCCGUCGUGCCCCGACUUCUCAACCGUGUCUAUGACAGAGUUCAGAGUGGAGCCAAGUCGUCAUUCAAGAAGUGGCUGCUGAACUUCGCCGUGGAGAGGAAAUACGCUGAAGUGAAGGAGGGGAUCAUCCGCAAAAACAGCAUCUGGGACAAGCUCAUUUUCCACAGGGUCCAGGAGUCUCUCGGGGGGCGUGUGCGAAUCCUGGUGACCGGAGCGGCGCCCAUAUCGCCGCCUGUUCUCAACUUCCUCAGAGCAGCUUUGGGCUGCCAGAUCUUUGAAGCUUACGGCCAGACGGAGUGCACAGCCGGCUGCACCUUCACCCUGCCCGGAGACGCCACCUCAGGUCAUGUCGGCGUGCCGCUGCCGUGUAAUCACGUCAAGUUGGUGGACGUGGAGGAAAUGAACUACUUUGCUUCGAAUGGUGAAGGCGAGGUUUGCAUCAAGGGGAAAAAUGUCUUCAAGGGUUAUUUAAAAGACCCUGAGAAGACCGCCGAGGCCUUGGAUGAAGACGGCUGGCUGCACACUGGAGACAUUGGAAAAUGGCUUCAGAGCGGUGUGCUGAAAAUUAUUGACCGCAAGAAGAACAUCUUCAAGCUGGCUCAGGGGGAGUACAUCGCCCCGGAGAAGAUCGAGAACGUGUACGUCCGCAGUGAACCCGUGGCCCAGGUGUUUGUGCACGGGGACAGCCUGCAGUCCAGCCUGGUCGCCGUCGUCGUUCCCGACCCGGAGGUCCUGCCAGGCUUCGCCAAAAACCUCGGCUGCCACGGAUCCAUCGAAGAACUCUGCAAAGACGCAAAAGUCAAGAAAGCCAUCGUUUCAGAUCUGAUCAAACUGGGAAAAGAAGCAGGACUCAAGUCCUUUGAGCAGGUGAAGGACGUGCACCUCCACCCGGAGCAGUUCACCAUCGAGAACGGCCUGCUGACUCCCACUCUGAAAGCCAAGAGAGCCGAGCUCAAGCUCCUCUUUCAGCCACAGAUCGACAAACUUUACGCCAACAUGCAAUAA